GUUUUUCUUUCCACAGGAGCCAGCCGAGAGGUCCCGCCGGGUCGAAGGUUCUGCCCUGCCCGCGCAGAUUACCGCAACACCCCGGACUUCCCACGAUUCACCCCGCUCUGCCGCUGCUGCUGUCGCCGCAUGGAUCCGAGUCCCUCCGCCGCCGCCGCUGCUUCUGCCUCCACCGCGUAGAAGAAGAGGGCGACCCCGACCUGACGCUCUUUCCCCGACCAGAUACCCCCGCAGGAAAAAAAAAAAAAACAUACAAAACGAAGACUGCAGCGUGUCGUGGUGGAAUCGGUGGGCUGGGAAACUGCUGCUGCUGGGAGAACUCCUGGGCUUUCCUGAGCGGCUCUGAAGGAUGACCGCCGCACGGCUCGCUGCUGAAUCCCGGUGAACAAACGGCGUCUCAUGUCCAAACGGCGGAAGGAUGGCUCAUGGCAAAGUGACCAUCACGGUGGACGAGUACAGCUCCAACCCCACGCAGGCCUUCACACAUUACAACAUCAACCAGAGCCGCUUCCAACCUCCACACGUCCACAUGGUGGACCCCAUACCUUAUGACACUCCCAAGCCGGCAGGACACACCAGGUUUGUGUGUGUUUCUGACACACACUCGCGUACAGAUGGCAUCCAGAUGCCCUACGGAGACGUCCUGCUCCACAUGGGGGACUUCACCGAGCUCGGCCUACCGUCUGAGGUUAAGAAGUUUAACGACUGGCUGGGUGGUCUGCCGUACGAGUUCAAGGUGGUGAUCGCUGGAAACCACGAGUUGACCUUUGAUAAGGACUUUAUGGCGGAGCUGGUCAAGCAGGAUUACUACAGAUUCCCGUCGGUCUCCAAACUCAAACCUGAGGACUUUGACAACGUCCAGUCACUCCUCACAAACUGCGUGUACCUGCAGGACUCGGACGUCACCAUAAAGGGAUUCCGGAUAUACGGCGCGCCAUGGACUCCGUGGUUUAACGGCUGGGGGUUCAACCUGCCUCGGGGUCAGUCUCUGCUGGAUAAAUGGAACCUCGUCCCCGAGGGCAUCGACAUCCUGAUGACCCAUGGACCUCCGCUCGGUUUCAGAGACUGGGUUCCUAAAGAACUGCAGCGGGUCGGCUGUGUGGAGCUGCUGAACACGGUCCAGAAGAGGGUCCGACCCAAACUUCACGCCUUCGGAGGCAUUCAUGAAGGUUACGGGAUCAUGACGGACGGCUACACGACGUUCAUCAACGCGUCGACCUGCACCGUCAGUUUCCAGCCCACCAACCCCCCCAUCGUGUUCGACCUGCCCAACCCCUCCAGCUCCUGAGACCACAACACCGGGGUCGGGGUCGCCAACGGAUAAACUACGUAUUUUCUAUAAAUAUUUCAAGUUAUAAAAAAACGGAAGAAAAAAAAGAUAAGUGUUUCUUUGCAAAUUUUUUGCUCUUCUCCAGUCUGUUGUUGAGAUGGAGAAGUUGUACGGCGGGGGGUGGGCGGGACGGGCAGGUUGUCGGGGAGCUUGAAAGGAGAGUAUUGGUGUUUUCUUGUUUUGUUUUCUAAAGCGUGCCAACAGUUCAGGUCACCUGCUCAGAUCCUCUCUCAGCCAGCAGAGGCUGGAGAAACCAGGAGCCRCUCAGUGUGAAACAACGUGGAGAAGGUGAGGUAAUCCACGAAGAAACCUGCUUUCAUCCACGUUUCGCUGAGCGACGGUAAACGUUUUAAUGUCAGCGGCUCUUCAUCUCACACUCCUGUCAGCUGCAGGACGAGCUAAUCCUUUAAAAAAACACAAUGCCUUAGUGCAAAACGCCAGACAAAAGCAUCUGAAACUUGUUGACCACUUCCUGUCACUGACUCACACCAGUAUUCUCCUUCUCUCUGAGAUUUUGUGGUUAAACAAUCUUGCUCUUGAUAAAUAUUGGUCAGAACUGUAAAAUAAUUGAAGCUUUGUGAAUUUGUACAAUUGCUUUACGUUUGGUUUGGCCAGACAAUGGACGAUAUGUUAUGUUUUAUUUUCUGAUUUCUCGUCAGUUCUUUAAUUUUUUAUUUUUGUUGUUCUUUUUGGCUGACAGGGACGCUGCCUUAAACUAGCUUUAAUGUUCUCAGCUAGAGCCCCUCUCUCUGCAAGCUCAGAGGAAAGUCCUUAUUUAUUACCCRUCAUCCCCGCAGAAACAACACCUGACCAACGCAGGGACAGAAAGCUUUCAGUUACAGCCAGAUUUGACUCUUUCUAUCACCCCCUUCUGGAACUCUCAUCUAAUUUGGAAAUGUGUAUAAAAAUAUAUAAAUUAUAUAUUCAUCUUAUGAAACACCUGUACUAAAAGUUAUUUGACAAAAGAAAAAAAGGUGGAUUUUUUUUCUUGUAUCUUCAAUGCUCUCAUCAAAAGUUUUUUUUUUUUUUUGUAACAUUUCUUAAAUGUAGAAAUUUAUUUUGAAGGAGAGGAAAGUUUGUCGAUCACAAUCCAACAGGUGUUGAUUGUUGCCAACACACCUGCCUAAACAUGGUUAAGAUGUCCUUUAAAGUGUAAAUCUGAUAGUAUUUGUGUUUUAUUGCUUUUUUUUUCUAAUUUUGCACUGUGUGUAAAUGCAAUCUUGCUAGCACAAAAAAAAGUUGCCAAUAGUUGUCUCAACUCGUCUUCAAACAGCUGUAAAUGCUCUUUUUGUGCUCUGUUCCUCUCUCGCUCUUUUUCUCUGAUUGUAUCCCUCUUCAUGGAAAUGUUAGUUCUCUCUUUCAGUUUAUUGUGAUAUAUUUAGCUGCCUUUAUAUGCAAAUAAAAUUGCAAGAUUUUUACAUAUUAAA